AUUAAGGGCAGUAUUUUCAUUUAUUUAUUUUCUUAAAUCUUUUCACUUUUUUUUGUUUUUUAUUUUUUUUUUCCUUGAUAAAUCUUCCUUUUCACCCAUAACCAAAUAUCCAGUUCGAAGGUUUCCAGAACAUCUCUUUUCAAAGAUCUAUUCUUUUCUUUUUUAUUUUUAUCUCGUAUUUACAUAGGUUAGACAUACAAAAAUUCAGCGAUGGCUACAGAUAAAUCCAACUCUUUGGGCGAGAAAAGAAUUCCUCUUUCUUCUACUACUUCUGAAAAAGUAGCAGCGCAGGCUGCUGUAAGGGCUUCUUCUGGUGCUUUUGCUCAACUUACCUCUUCUCAAAUUCAAGAACUCAAAGAAGCUUUCGCCCUGCUUGACAAGGAUGGCGAUGGAAAUAUCGGCGAAGAUGAUUUGAAAACUAUGCUUACCUCUCUAAACCAAGAAUCUUCUAGUCAAGUAGUUCAGGAAAUGUUCGAUUCUGUUCGUCCUCCUAUUAAUUUAGCUUCUUUCCUUACUUUUAUGGGUUCAAUGUUGUGUCGUAUCUCUCCUAGAAUGGACCUUUUAGAAGCUUUUGCAACUUUUGAUGACACUCAGUCUGGAAAAAUCCCAAUUGGUCUUUUAAAAGAAGCCUUGUCCACCAUGGGAGAUCGUAUUGAUGCCAAAGACGUUGAGUCCAUUCUCCGUUCACACACGAGCCAUGGAAUGUUUUAUUAUGAAAAAUUUGUGGACGCGGUAGCUGGCUCUAAAGACAACAACUAAACCUCUUUACUAUCCUUCUUUUCUUUUUUUUUCUCUAAACGUAUUUUUUCCUUCAUAUUUACCUUUUUGCCUUGCACGAGCGCUAUUGACUCUCAUGAAUUUAUAUCCUAGGAUUUUAAAUUAUUAUUAUUAUUUUUUUGCUAUUUUAUGUUACUCCAAACCCGUUUUCAUUCCUAUUCUUUAUGCUUUACCUUUGCCUACUGUGUUGUGAAUUUGUACAGAUAUAUCACUUAGGGUGUUGACAAAUUUUUAGCAACACAAGUUUACUGUUUUCCUUUCUAUUUUCAUGUUCUUCUUAGGCCAAGUUCCCGAGGAUUACUUUAUAAACAGACGAAACUGGCUUGGUAAAACUAUUACACUAAAGCUUUCUUCCAUUUCCAGAGCUAAUAAUCCUUCUUCCGGGCUUUUCUCUCUCUCAUCCUUUAAACUCAUACACAGCUUUAUGUGGAACUGCUUGCUACACUUCUCUGUUGUAUGCUGAUGAAAAGUCACGUUUCAAGCAUAAACAAUACAUGUCAAGGCAAAAAUUCUGCAAGUCAGCCAUUCAUCAAUGGGGAACAAAGAAAAAACUCACAUUGUUUUCAAGAAAUUCGUGAAAUUUGACUUUCCAGUUGACAAAAGCGUCCUUACAAAGACGACGUCUGAAUUCGUCUAAUAGCACCAAAGACUGUGCUCAAAUAUGUAUUAGGUAUCUUACAGUUUUAUUAUGACCAAAUAAGCAUAUUCCAUUUAUUCCUUCUAUCUUUAACGCUUAUUGACAACUUACAUUUUCUUUAAAUCACACCCAGCAUUCAUAACAGAACUAUAAUAACAC